AUGUUACCUACUUUGUUGUCCCCACCGCAACACGACACUUUGUUGUCUCCACCGCAACACGACACUUUGUUGUCUUUGUUGUGCCCACCGCAACACGACACUUUGUUGUCUCCACCGCAACACGACACUUUGUUGUCCCCACCGCAACACGACACUUUGUUGUGCCCACCGCAACACGACACUUUGUUGUCCCCACCGCAACACGACACUUUGUUGUGCCCACCGCAACACGACACUUUGUUGUGCCCACCGCCACACGACACUUUGUUGUGCCCACCGCCUCACGACACUUUGUUGUCUCCACCGCAAUACGACUCUCCCUCCUCCCCCUCCUUCCCUAGGGAUAUCCUGGCUGCAGGAGGGACCGUGGGGGACGCGGCGAUAGCGGCACUGCUUUGUGUGGGGGUCGUGAAGCCCCAGUCGAUGGGGUUGGGUGGGGGGUUCAUGUUGACCCAUUACAACCCCACCACGGGGCAGGCACUCACCCUCGACGCAAGGGAGCGUGCCCCACUCGCCGCCCACCAGGAUAUGUACCACGGCGACGCACAACUCUCUUUUGUGGGCGCGCUGGCCGUGGCGGUGCCCGGGGAGGUGCGAGGCUACCGCGCGCUGUACGAGGCGGUGGGCGGGGCCUUAGAGUGGGCGGAGCUUUUCGUGCCCGCGUUGCGGUUGUGCGAGGAAGGGCAUCCUGUGUCCUGGCAUCUUGCCAAAGCCCUGCAGCAGAAGAGGGAGUACAUCCUGGCCGAGCCUAGCAUGAGCAUUUUCGUGGACAACACGACGGGGGACGUGUUGCUGGAGGGUGACAUGCUCUACCGCCCUGACCUGGCGGCGACCCUGCGGGUGUUGCAGCAGGAACCAGACGCCCUCUACACCGGCAGCCUGGCGCGGGGCUUCGUUGAGGACCUGGCACAGCUCGGGGGCAUCAUCACCACCCAGGACAUGGAGGAAUAUCAAGUGACGUGGUCAGAGGCGAUGACGGUUGCCCUUAACACCUCCAAUGCCACCCUCAUCACCGGACCCCCUCCAGGGUCGGGCGUGCUGCUGGGGUUUAUGUUGAACGUGCUGGACGGGUACGGGCUGGACCCUAACGACGUCCAGGACGUGUCCAGCAGCGUGCUCACACAUCAACGUAUCACUGAGACGUUCAAGUACGCAUAUGCCCUCAGGACCCAGCUUGGGGACCCUCAGUACGUCGACGUACAGGACUUGCUGAGUAACCUGACGUCGGAGGCGUACGCUGAGUACAUCAGACUGCAGGUGCUGGACAACAGUACAUCACAGGACCCAGAGUACUACGGGGGACAGACCUACAUCCCCCGGGACCACGGCACCGCCCACAUCUCCAUCCUGGGACCCAAUGGGGACGCCAUCGCUGUCACCUCCACCAUCAACUCUUACUUCGGGGCAGUGAUGAUGGCCACCACCGGCAUCAUCUACAACAACGAGAUGGACGACUUCUCCUCCCCCAACAUCACCAACGACUUCGGCCUGCCGCCAUCACCUGCUAACUUCAUCGUACCUG